AUGAACCUCACUCCCAAAGCACAGGUUAUCGAGCGCGACUUUCAGAACGCAAGAGCAAAGGCAAACUACACUACUUUCCCCGAGUUUGCUCGUCGCUAUGUCAAGCACAACAAGGAUGGUGUCGUCCUUGCCAACACUGCGUUGCUGGAGAUGACUGUCGGUGAGGCUGAAGCUAAGGCGCGCAAGGCUGAGAACUGGACUCAAUCGGCUUCGUUGGACGAUACACCAGAAUCGAUUGCCCGUAGUCCAUUGGUCAGCCCUGGCAUCAUCCAGGAAGCUAUCGAGAAGUUAGAGGGUGUUCUCACUCGCGGAACUGAGGAGCAUCAGGAAUACGCUGCUAUUGUCCUGGCUAGAUCUGCAUUGGCAACAGAUGCACCCGAUCGCCUCCAGCGUGUGGCUCACUACCUUCAAAACAUCCAACUCCCACCUGCCAGGAUUCCCAUGGGUUACAACUUUGCUCUCGUCGUCUGUGGAUUGACCGUCAAGGGAAUGACCCUAGAGGAAGAAGGCAGGAUAACAGAGGCCAUCGUCUCCUACGACAAUGUCUCCCUCCUCGUCCAGUCCAACCCCAACGAGCGCAGCGACGAAUUGGUAUCCUGGACUGAACACGCCCUCUACAGGGCCGGUAUGCUCAAGCUCCGUCAAGGAGACCAGCUCGCUGCUAUCCGUUCGUUCCGUGCUUACCACAACCAGGCCCAGCUCUGGCCCGGCCAGUUCCGCCUUGCUCGCCGCGCGACUGUCUAUCGCCACCUUGCCGCUGCAUUGUCGAGCUCGCUCAAGACUCACGAUAUUCAGGGCAAUGUCACCACCGAUGAGCAAUCACAGUUCGUACCCGCUGCUUUGAGCCUGGAGAUCGCACAGAUUCAUGCAUACUGGGAAGACUCUCUGUACGCCGUUACCGCCUUCCCCAAGGCAGAUGAGAAGAACUGGCGUGUCCUGGGCAUGGUUGAGCAGAUCGUUGAAGACAGGAAGCUGAUUGGACCCAGCAACGACGCCGACAAGCGCGUUCUCGUAGAGACGAUUUACAGGGCUUCGCAAAAGACUUUCCAGUCUCCCCGCAUCCUUCGCUUCUUGUUCUUUGCCUUGGUUGAGAUGGGUCAAUACGACGAGGCUGUUUUGGCUUUGAAGUCAUAUCUGGAUUUGGCAGAGAUCAACCUCAAGGUCAAGUCGACUGUUGCUGAGGAGGUUCUCACUAAUGAGCAGCGCAUUCGUCUGGACAUUGAAUCAGAGUACGACAUUACUUCCGUCAUGGUUGAGGGAUCUCGCCUUUACGGCAAGGAACUUGGCCAGGCCACUGAGGCUCUUGCCUGCGCCGAGAAGGCUUUGAGCAACAUUCAGCAGUAUCUUGACCAGGAGGAGGCCAAGGAACUCAGCUUUUACGCCAACACCUACCGCGGCAUCGCCUAUGGCCUUCAGGCCGCCCAGGCCCAGGAGCCUGAGGCACGCCCUUCGUUGUAUACCAAGGCGAUCGAGUCGUUUGAGAAGGCUAUUGAGAUUGCCCCUGGUGCCUAUGAGGCCCACUACUACUUGGCUGUCCAGCAGGCAGAGAUGAGAGAUGUUCCCAAGGCCAUUGUGUCUGUCAAGCAGAGCUUGGGCGUCAACUCAGCUCACAUCCCUUCGUGGCACUUGUUGGUCCUCUUGCUCUCUGCUCAGAAGGACUAUGAGCGUGCUUUGAGCAUUUGCACUGUUGGCUUGAAGGAGUCUGACUGGGAUCUUCCCCAGACAGAUGGAUUCUCUGCCUCCCAGUCGGAUGGCGAGGACUACCUUGCACUCCGUAUCACAGAGGCUGCCCUUAUUGAGCAGGUCAACGGUGCCGAGGCAGCAUUGGAACCCCAGGAGGCUCUGUUUGUUCUCUACACCAAGGUCUUUGCCCCCGAACCUAGCUCCCUUGGCGAGAGCUUGUACGAUAUUCAGAACAUUCGCCGUCGGGACCAGAGUGAUAUUGAGAUCAACACUGGAUCGACCGUUGUUGGUCGUCCCCGUGCUGGCAGUAUCCUGAGCGUCCGCAGUAAGAGCGGGGCCUCUGACAUUGGCCAAGGCCUCAGCCCCAGCAACGGUAGCAACCUCGAUAUCCCUAAGGCCAACUAUGCAUCAUCAAUUACAUCGAUUGGCUCAUCGGGCUCAAAGAAGAGAAGCAAGUUGAUUCCAGCUGCUGCUGCUUCUUCAGGGAGCUCGACUUUGCCAAAGUCAUUGCUGAGUGCACCUGCUGCUGUUCAGCGCCCUACUACAAAGUCAGUCCAACGCACCUCUAGAGCCAACAAGGUGCUGGCCACUCUCUGGCUCUUGUCUGCUUCUGCCUUCCGUCGCCUUGACAGGAUGGAGGAGUCCAUCCGUGCAAUUGAAGAGGCUGAGCACAUCGAUGCCUCCAAUCCCGAUGUCUGGUACAACUUGGGCUUGUUGUACGCUGCUCAAGGAGAUCAAGAGACGGCUUCGGUGUCGUUCUCAAAAGCACUCGCAUUGGCACCCUACCACCCAGCAUGUCUGACCCGUGUCGGCCAGUCAUACUUGGAGGCCGGCAGUUUGGAGAUGGCUGAGAGUGUGUUGGAUACGACGACCAAGUCGCAGGGCUGGAACUCUGCCGAGGCAUGGUUCUAUUUGGGCAAGGUCUUUGAGGCAUCUGACCGUUUGGUCCGUGCCAAGGAGUGCCUGUGGUAUGCUCUUGAAUUGGAGCAAUCGCGACCCAUCCGCGACUUUUCAGUUGCUCUUCAAUAG